CUCUUAAAUUGGCUGACUCCAUAAUCAGUGCCCUGACUACUGAACUUGGGAGCUGAUUGAGUUGAGACGCACCCAUAGACUGAACCAGGAAGUUCAUUUCAGAGAAAACGAAACUCAGAUCUCUCACUCACUCUCUCUCUCUCUCUCUCUCUCUCUCUCUCUCUCUCUCUCUCUCAGUGUGUGAGUGCAGGAAAAUGGCAGAAGCCAGUAUUUCAGUAGAUCAGGAUCAGUUCAUCUGUCCAGUGUGUCUGGCUUGUCUGAAGGAUCCAGUGACUCUCCAUUGUGGCCACAGUUACUGUAAGGUGUGUAUUAAUGGCUUCUGGGAUCAGGAAUAUGUAAAGCGUGUCUACAGCUGUCCCCAGUGUAGAGAGACUUUCACUCCAAGGCCUGUUCUACGCAGGAACAACAUGCUGGCUGAAGUGGUGGAGAAACUGAAGGAGACUGAACUCCAAGCUGCUUCUCCUGCUCACUGUUACGCUGGACCUGGAGAUGUGGAGUGUGAUUUCUGCACUGGGAGAAAACACAAAGCAGUCAAGUCCUGUCUGGUGUGUCUGGCCUCCUUUUGUGAAGAUCAUCUUAAACCUCACUUUCAGUCUCCUGCCUUUAAGAAGCACAAGUUAGUUGAACCCUGUGCAGAGCUCCAGGAGAAGAUCUGCUCUCAACAUGACAAACUGCUCGAGAUCUACUGUUGUACUGACCAAAGCUUCAUCUGUUACUUGUGUAUGAUGGAUGAUCACAGAGGCCAUGAUAUGGUUGCAGCUAAAGCAGAAAGAACUGAAAAACAGAAUGAGCUAAAGGAGGAGCAGAUGAAAUCCCAGCAGAGGAUCCAGGAGAAGCAGAAGAAAGUGAAGGAGCUGAAACAGACUGUGGACACUAUUAAGAGGCGUUCACAGGCAGCAGUAGAUGAGAGUGAGAAGAUCUUUACUGAGCUGAUCAGCUCCAUGAAGAAAAAGCGCACGAAGGUGAAGGAACUGAUCAGAGCUCAGGAGAAAGCUGAACUGAGUCGAGCUGAACGACUCCUGAAGCAACUGGAGCAGGGGAUUGCUGAUCUUAAGAGGAGAGUCACUGAGCUGGAGCAGAUUUCACACACACACGAUCACAUCCACUUCCUCCAGAGAUUCCCGUCUCUCUGUGUUUCUCCUGGAUCUGAGGACUCACCCAGCUUCACUGUCAAUCAACAUCUCUCAUUUGACGGAGUGAGGAAAUCUCUCUCAGAUCUGAAAAAACGAGUCGAGGAAAUCUGUGAGGAGGAAUUCAACAAAAUCCUUCCACAAGUUGCAGCAGUUCAGAUGAUUUUACCCUCACAACCAAAGAGCAGAGAAGAUUUUUUGCAGUAUUUCUGUUAUCUGACUUUGGAUCCCAACACAGCACAUCCUUACCUCAUUCUGUUUGAGAAGAACAGAGCGGUGACAUGCAGUGAGACAGAUCAGCCAUACUCUGAUCAUCCAGAGAGAUUUGACUGCUGGCCUCAGGUGUUGUGUAAGGAGAGUGUGUGUGGACGCUGUUACUGGGAGGUGGAAUGGAGCGAUGGUGUGUCCAUAUCAGUCUCGUAUAAAGAGCUCUGUAGGAAAGGAGGGGGUCAUGAGAGUUUGUUUGGUCUCAACAGUCAGUCCUGGACUCUGGUGUGUUCUUCUUCCUCUGUCUCUUUCUGGCACAAUGGCAUUGAGACUGCUCUCCGAGGUCCAGUAUCCUCCAGAAUAGGAGUGUAUGUGGAUCACAGUGCAGGAACUCUGUCCUUCUACAGCGUUUCUGUCACGAUGAACCUCCUCCACAGAGUCCACACCACAUUCACUCAGCCGCUAUACGCUGGGUCCUGGAUAGAUUAUUACUCAACUGUGAGGUUCUGUGAUCCAAAAUUUAAAGUUUGCACUCCAUACUCCAGUCCACUAGGUGGUGGUAAAGCAUCACGAGCUGUUAAAAACAUCAAAGAAGUAGGAGACGUGAUUUGUUUGUUUCUCUCUCUCCGUCUCUCUUGCAGGAAAAUGGCCAGUAUUUCAGUAGAUCAGUUGUCGGUGGUUCAGUUCAUCUGUCCAGUGUGUCUGGAUCUCCUGAAGCAUCCAGUGACUACUCCCUGUGGACACAGUUUCUGUAAGGUGUGUAUUAAUCGCUUCUGGGAUCAAGAAGAUCAGAGGAGGAUCUACAGCUGUCCCCAGUGUAGAGAGACUUUCACUCCAAGGCCUGUUCUGGGCAGGAACAACAUACUGGUUGAAGUGGUGGAGAAACUGAAGGAGACUGAACUCCAAGCUUCUGCUCACUGUUACGCUGGACCUGGAGAUGUCGAGUGUGAUUCCUGCAUCGGGAGAAAACACAAAGCAGUAAAAACCUGUCUGGUGUGUCUGGCCUCCUUUUGUGAAGAUCAUCUUAAACCUCAUUUUCAGUCUCCUGCCUUUAAGAAGCACAAGUUAGUUGAAGCCUGUGCAGAGCUCCAGGAGAAGAUCUGCUCUCAACAUGACAAACUGCUCGAGAUCUACUGUCAUACUGACCAGAGCUUCAUCUGUUACUUGUGUACAAUGGAUCAACAUCAAGGCCAUGAUACAGUUUCAGCUGUAGCAGAAAGAACUGAAAAACAGGGUGUACCCCGCCUUGUGCCCGAUGCUCCCUGGGAUAGGCUCCAGGUUCCCUGUGACCCUGAAAAUGAUAAGCGGUAUAGAAGAUGGAUGGAUGCCCUAACAUCCCAACACCAGGUGAUAUGUGGUAAUGAGGUAAAGGAGGAGCAGAUGAAAUCUCUGCAGAGGAUCCAGGAGAAGCAGAAGAUGGUGCAGGAGCUGAAACAGACUGUGGACACUAUUACGAGGCGUUCACAGUCAGCAGUAGAUGAGAGUGAGAAGACCUUUACUGAGCUGAUCAGCUCCAUGGAGAAAAAGCGCACGAAGGUGAAGGAACUGAUCAGAGCUCAGGAGAAAGCUGAACUGAGUCGAGCUGAACGACUCCUGAAGCAACUGGAGCAGGAGAUUGCUGAUCUUAAGAGGAGAGUCACUGAGCUGGAGCAGAUUUCACACACACACGAUCACAUCCACUUCCUCCAGAGAUUCCCGUCUCUCUGUGUUUCUCCUGGAUCUGAGGCCUCAUCCAGCAUCACUGUCAAUCAACAUCUCUCAUUUGAUGGAGUGAGGAAAUCGCUCUCAGAUCUGAAAAAACAAGUCGAGGAACUUUGUGAGGAGGAAUUCAACAAAAUCCGUCCACAAGCUGCAGCAGUUCAGAUGAUUUUACCCUCAGAACCAAAGAGCAGAGAAGAUUUUCUGCAAUAUUUCUGUUGUCUGACUCUGGAUCCCAACACAGCACACCGUCAACUCAUUCUCUCUGAGGAGAACAAAGCGGUGACACUUAGUAAUACACGACAGCGAUACCCUGAUCAUCCAGAGCGAUUUGACUCCAGGCCUCAGGUCUUGAGUAAGGAGAGUGUGAGUGGACGCUGUUACUGGGAAGUGGAGUGGAGCAGUGAUGUUGGUGUGUCUAUAUCAGUCUCGUAUAAAGAGAUCAGCAGGAAAGGGCAGUUUAAUGAGUGUGAAUUUGGAUUCAACAAUCAGUCCUGGAGUCUGGGGUGUUUUUUUCAUUCUUUUUUUUUCCAGCACAACGAGACCAAAACUGAGCUCCAAGAUCCAAUAUCCUCCAGAAUAGGAGUGUAUGUGGAUCACAGUGCAGGAGCUCUGUCCUUCUACAGCGUCUCUGACCCGAUGAGGCUCCUCCACAGAGUCCACACCACAUUCACUCAGUCUCUGUAUGCUGGGUUCAGGAUAGUUCAUUAUGACUCAGUUAUAAGGUUAAGUGACCCAUAAUGAAAUGUUCAGUGAAAUUGCUUGUGUUGGUAGAUCUUAGUGCAGCUUUUACUACAAUAUUUAUCUAGACAGUUUAUAAAAUGUUAGAGAUAGGGGAACCUGGAUCAUGUCUUAAUGUAAACGGUGACUACUCUAUGUAUACAAAUAUACUAUAUACACACUAUAUGGCCAAAAGUAUGUGGACACCUGAUCAUCAUACUCGUAUGUGCUUGUUGAACAUCUCAUUCCAGUGUUGUUUCCCUCCCUGCUAUAAACAUCAUCAUCAUCAUCUCUUUGGGCAAGGCUUCCCUCUAAAUUUUGGAAUGUGGCUGUGCGUAUUUGUGCCUAUUAAGCCACAGGAGCUUUACUGAGGUCAGACCCUGCUAUUGGUCAAGAAGGCCUGGUGCGUAGUUGUCAUUCCAGUUCGUCCCAAAGGUGUUCGGUGGGGUUGAGGUCAGGGCUCUUUGCAGGACACGCGAGGUCAUCCAUGCGAGUCUUGUAAAACCAUGUCUGCAUGGGCCUAGCUUUGUGCCCAGGGGCAUUGUUAUGGUGGAAUACGUUUGUGCUCCUCACAUCCACUCAAGGGAAGUUGAAAUGUUACAGGGUACAAAGACAUUUUAUACAAUUGUUGACCUACUAAUUUGUGGCAACGGUUUGGGGAAGAACUACAUUGGGGUGUGAUGGCCAGGUGUCCACAUACUUUUGGCACAUUGGAAACUCCUUCCAUGAAUGUUAAAUAAACUUCACACACUUUAU